AUGAAGGCUGCCUUCGCUAGGAGUGCUGCCUUCGCAAGGAGUGCUGCCUUCGCAAGGAGUGCUGCCUUCGCAAGGAGUGCUGCCUUCGCAAGGAGUGCUGCCUUCGCAAGGAGUGCUGCCUUCGCAAGGAGUGCUGCCUUCGCAAGGAGUGCUGCCUUCGCAAGGAGUGCUGCCUUCCCAAGGAGUGCUGCCUUGGGACAGAGUGCUGCCUUCGCUAGGAGUGUUGCCUUCGUACAGAGUGCAGUCUUCGCAAGGAGUGCUGCCUUCGCAAGGUGUGCUGCCUUUGCAAGGAGUACUGCCUUCGCAAAAAGUGCUGCCUUCGCAAGGAGUGCUGCCUUCGCUAGCAGUGUUGCCUUCGCAAGGAGUGCUGCGUUCAGAAGGAGUGGUGCCUCCGCAAGGAGUGCUGCCUUCGCAAGGAGUGCUGCCUUCGCAAUGAGGGCUGCCUUUGCAGGGAGUGCUGCCUUCACAAGCGGUGGUGCGUUCGCAAGGAGUGCUGCCUUCGCAAAGAGUGCUGCCUUCGCAAGGAGUGCUGCCUUCGCAAGGAGUGCUGCCUUCGCAAUGAGGGCUGCCUUUGCUGGGAGUGCUGCCUUCGCAAUGGGUGGUGCCUUCCCAAGGAGUGCUGCCUUUGCAAGGAGUGCUGCCUUCGCAAGGAGAUAUGCCUUCGCAAGGAGUGCUGACUUCGCUAGGAGUGCUGCCCUUCUAAGGAGAGCUGCCUUCGCAAGGAGUGCUGCCUUCGCUAGGAGUGCUGCUUUCGCAAGGAGGGCUGCCUUCGCAAUGAGGGCUGCCUUUGCAGGGAGUGCUGCCUUCACAAGGGGUGGUGCGUUCGCAAGGAGUGCUGCCUUCGCAAAGAGUGCUGCCUUCGCAAGGAGUGCUGCCUUCGCAAGGAGUGCUGCCUUCCCAAGGAGUGAUGCCUUCGCAAGGAGUGCUGCCUUCGCAGGGAGUGCUUCCUUCGCAAGGGGUAAUGCCUUCGCAAGUAGUGCUGCCUUCUCAGGGAGCACUGCCUUUGCAACGAGUGCUGCCUUCCAAUGA